GGGAUCUUAUUCUUUUUCUUCUUUUUUAUGUUUAUUUGCUUUGCUUGUUUGAACUUAAGGACACAACUCUAAAUCAAUUUAUCGUCUCCUGUGGACAGUUUCCAUGUGAAAGGAUGAAACCGCUCUGAAAUUAGAAGGUUAACAAAUUCAAUUCCAAGAAAAAAAUGUUGGUGAUAAAAGAGCUACCAGGCACCCUCUUCUCUUCUUCAAUGUUUCCAGAUCAUGCACCGCAAGAUGUACAUCUUUAUACUACUUUUGUUGGAGGAAGUCGAAAUAAAGAACUUGCAAAAGCUUCAAGAGAUGAAUUGAAGCAGAUAGUGACUUCUGAUCUCAGACAGUUGUUAGGUGCUGAGGGAGAACCCGCAUAUCUGAAUCACUUCUACUGGAGUAAAGCAUUUCCUCUGUAUGGGAAAAACUAUGAUUCAGUCAUCGAAGCUAUUGACAAGAUGGAAAGAGAUCUUCCAGGAUUUUUCUAUGCAGGUAAUCACAAGGGUGGUUUAUCAGUUGGCAAAGCAAUUGCGUCUGGGUGCCAGGCAGCUGAUCUAGUAAUCUCGUAUCUGGACUCUGCUUCAAAUGAUAAGAAAAACUUUCAUUGAAGACGACAAAGUCAGAGAAAAAGCAGCUGAACUAAUGGCAUUAUUUUAUGUGGAAUUUCCGUCUCAAUUCAGCAUGCUGUUGCAUGGUCGUGAGAGACCAGAACAUGAGCACGAGCAUUUACAAGUGGGCUGGAUAAGGCUAUUUGUUAACCUUAGAAACCAUAUUUAUCAUAUCAUUAGUACACCGAUUCAUUUCUCCAUGCCUCUGUUGAAGCUUGUCCAUUUAUUCCUGGCACCCAUUUGAGUUUUUGUUGACAAUAGGAACCUAUCACAGUUUCUCUUGCUCUUUUGUCCUCUUAUUUUGUGUUUUUCCAAUUUACUAAUGUGACAGAACUUUAUGCUUGUCUUAUAUUUACAAAGGGAAUCCUUUUGUUUGUCCCAGGAAGAAAAGGAAAACUUGAUUUGCAUGCAAAA